AUGAAAUUGCUAGGGGAAAAAAAAAUUAUCAACUGUACAAAAGGAUUAUUUUUUAUAAAUGCUAAUAGAAGGAACCACUACUUGGGGGGAAGAAGCAACAGUAAACGUUUCAGCCUGCACAGCUACAGCACGAGGGGGAAGAUGCAAGAAAAGGGCUACGUUAGUUACUUGAAGAAGUAUGUUGUCGACGACAGGGAGUUGGCGCAGGCCGUGGGGGGAGUGCCAAAUGGGCAGGGAGGAGGAGUACCAAAUGGGCAGGGAGGAGGAGUACCAAAUGGGCAAGGAGGUAGAGUACCAAAUGACAGGAGCGGCCACCCCCCCCCAGAUGAGGCUCUCCAAAUCGAAGAGCUGAUAAAAAAAACCAUGAGGAAGGAAGAAGAAGAACUGUUCACGUUCCUUCAGAAAGUCAACGAGACGUACAAGCUGCAGUGUACCUUGAGGGUAGUCGGGGGGUGGGUACGAGACAAAUUUUUGGGUAUCUCAAAUGAUGACAUUGAUCUCACAGUGGAUAACAUGAAGGGCUCGGAGUUUUGUAACUAUAUAAAGCAGUACAUACAAGAAAAGGAAAAAAAAAAUUUCAAUUUUGGUAUCAUAAAAAUUAACUCAGAUCAGUCCAAGCAUCUUGAAACAUCCAGUUUUCAUCUCUUUAAUUUCCAAGUAGAUAUUGUUAAUUUGAGGAAUGAAAAGUACACAGAAGAGAGUCGCAUCCCAGAAAUAGUUAUUGGGACCCCUGAGGAAGAUGCACUUAGGAGAGACUUCACGGUCAAUGCCCUAUUCUACAAUUUGAGCACACGGAGAGUGGAAGACUACACUAGGAGGGGUAUUUUGCAUUUAAAAAAUAAAGUGAUUUGCACACCACUUGAUCCUUUGUCUACAUUCCAAGAUGACCCUCUUCGGAUAAUCAGGUGUAUUCGAUUUUGUGGAUUCUUUAACUUCUUUGUGGAGAAGUCCAUCUUUGACGUUUUAAAAAAUGAACACAUUAUGAAAGCAUUUAAAAAGAAAAUUUCCAGAAGUAGACUCUCCACCGAAAUUGUAAAAAUAUUUUCCAACAGAUGUCAAAAUAUCGUUCUAUCUUUGACCAUGUUAAAUUAUAGUUCCUAUGCCAAGGAAAUUUUUUCUUUACCGGAGAAUUACUUCGUAAAGGAUGAGGAGGUGUUUGAGAGACCUCGGCGGAAGGGUGACAAGGUGAACAAGAAGGGGGACUUCCUCGUGGGGGACGCCCUCUUGCCUGGCUCCACCGUGCCAGGUGGAAAGAAGCUGCACGUCGAGGGGGAGACCAACGAAGUGAUUAACACCUCUGGGGAUGGUGCUGCCCUCAAUGGGGGGGGCCUCGACUCAAGUGGGAUGCAAAACGGAAAUGCAUGCUCUGCCAACGGGGGGAUCCAUCCCGAGGAAGGCCACGCACAGGGGACGUUUGUCAACGCCUCCACCAGGGGUGAUAGCAAAAUGGGCAGCAUGACAAACACGCUGGAAAAAGGGGCGUACCCCCAAUCGGGGGAGUCCCCUCAAACGGGGGAGUCCACUCAAACGGGGGAGUCCACCCAAACGGGGGAGUCCACUCAAAGGGGGGAAUCCACUCAAACGAGUGCGGAUGGAGAAACAGACUGGUGUGCGGAAGGACUGCAAUACAUAAAAUUUUUCAAGGACCUCGAAAAGAACAACCUGUUGAAGGAAACGUUCCCCGAGCUGGACUACCAUGAACAUGUGAACAACGUGCAGCUCUGCUUGUACCUGUUGCCGCUAAGAAAUCAUCACGUGGAGUUAAAAAAGGGAGGAAAAACUGAACCGGUCGUCGGCUUCAUAAUUAGGGAAUCCCUAAAAUUUCCACUCAAGUAUGGAAAAUUUUGUGUGCAGAUAUAUGAAGGGUUUAGUAGCCUGUACAAGCUGUACAAAAACAUGGACGUUUUUAAUUUUUUAAAAAAUAGCACCUGUGAUGGGAAGGAGAAUGCACACAUCAUUGGGGACAUUGUGUUGUUCCUAAAAAGUGUUGGAGAAAAAUGGGACUUGCUGCUUUUAAUUUUUUUUAUCUUCCACAAAUAUAAGGAGGUGAAUAAACUGUUCGUGACCACCAUCACCGCGGACGUGUACUUGUCCGACUUCGCCAAAAAGCUGUACCAGUAUAUUUUGAAAAAUAAAUUGCAGGCAGCUUAUAACGUCAAGCCGUUUCUCAAGUGGCCGGACAUUCGGCACAACUUCCCGCAGAUCUCGCCCAACAGAAUCGGCGAGGUGUACGAGCAAAUU